AUAUAAUUUUGAGCGUCUCGCUUGGCGCGUAGUGCAAGCGUUAGUGUUAGUAGACAGCUGACUAUGGCUGUGCUAUGUUUUAUUUAAACUACUAAUAUGUAGUAGUAGUAGUAGUAGUAGUAUGUCAUAGAUGAAGGAGUGUAUAAGUGAAUGAUUUUUUUAGUCUCAUUCAUUGUCAGUAUACAAGACAGUCUAUAUCAGAAUAUAUACAUUUACACGAAAAUUUCGCAAAAAAAACACUGACCUUCAUCUCGCAACACUGUCCUUAAUAAGUGAUUGGCCUUGAGCACUAGAGUUCGAGUUCGUUCUACAGAGGAGAAUAGACUUAUAGGUUAUAAAAACAUACCGCAAGACACCGGCGAUUUAUCCGUUUAUCAUGGCUAGUGCAAUGGAAAUGGUAUGCAACACUCUUGGAAUUGACAGGGUAAACAUGGACGGUAAAAUAAUCUUGAUUGAAGAGCAACACGGUACCAAUGCAAACUUCUUGGUAAACGCCAUUCUGUCGCACGCGUUAAAGCAGAUGAAUGCCGUUUGUCUUGUUCUAUGUCAUAAUACCUUUAGCCACUAUCACAACAUUGGCAUGAGACUCGGCUAUAACCUUCUGGCUCUGAAGGAAAAAGGCCAGGUAACUGUUGUCGAGCCAAUGAAAAUUGUAACCACCAAUAUCGCUGAUAUACGUAAGGAUUCUGUGGAUAAAGAGAAAAUGAUAAUCCCAGAUGCUGUUUCUACUGAGAAUAUAGAUAUUGCGCAUAGACUUUUUACAUGUGUUAGAGAGAAGUACAAUGAAGCAGCAAAAUUCGACGAGUCUGUUGUUGUUAUUUUCGAUGAUAUAAAUCAUCUACUUGAUUUUGGCCUCAGUGUACAUGACGUUAUGUACUUUGUAAGAUACUUAAGGUCAUUUCUAGCGUUACAUCCCUCAUCACAGCUUUGUAUUCUUACACACACAUAUCAAGAUAAUUCGCAGACUUCAAAUACAGAUGUAGUCACUAAUGCCUUGAAACAUAUGGCGCAUUUAUGUGUUACAACUCAACCGUUUAGGACAGGAAACUCCAGCGAUGCAUCCGGUAAACUAACUAUUCACUGGAGAAUAGAUUCCAUUAGAUCAAAAUAUCACUGGGCCGAGAAAACAACGCAUCUAUUUAAAUUGUUGGAUUGGCAAGUGAAAAUUGGUGCGCCUGGUGCAGCAUCUAUUUUAUCAUAGAUAAUUGUAUGAUCAUUUUAUAUUGUAUAUUCAAUCCUUGAUAAUUACUUUUUCUGCAAUAUUUUAUAUUGAAUUUGUAUAUAUUUCUACAAUACAUUGAAAUAAAUUUAAAAAAUUUAUCCAUUUUU